ACUGUGUUUGCUCGAAACUGGGAAAGUCGCCCAGCCCGAAGCAGGAGGCUGAACUCCACCUGGGGACGGACUCACCGGGACCAUUCAGCCUCAGCAAUGCGGUAAAAUGCCCCGCAAAGUCGGAGGUGAACGUUUAGCUCAAUCUCAGAGGUGUUUUAACGCCGUUUUCUACUAAUUUCACCCAGAUAUCGGCGGUUUUUUUUAAGCUAGCGGGACGUUAGUUAGUUAGUUAGCCGCUUCCGGAAAUCGACCUCCUCCUCCUCCUCUUCCUCACAGGAAACUUGCUGAGAGGAAGCAGCUGCGGCUUGCUGCCAUAUUGCUGCUGCUCUGUGGAUUUGUCAUUUCCUGUGGAGUUGGUCGGUAUGAGUAGGAAAAGUUCAACAUCUGCAGUCGAGCUCACAGUCUUUCUCUCUCAACAGAAAGGCAUAAUGAAGGAGUGGAGAUAACAUUGUUGACCAUGGAUGGGUGUUUCACUUUCAGCAGUUAAGAGAAGACUCAGCCUGGAACAUGCGCACAUAGACGCUGCAGUUUGUUGAUGAGAUAAACAGUUGGAAGGAAACGGAUACAAAACACUUUCAGUUCAAAGGACCUUAGGACUGACAUCCUUCAGCCAUUGGUGAUGACAGAAACCAAGGUGUCCAGCAGCAGCACCCCAGGGCUGUCGUGGGCACGUGUUUGUAAGGAGUGCGGCCAGCAGCAUGAAGGCCAGGAGAGCCACCUGUAUGAGUAUCAGGAUGAAGUGGACGAUGAGCUGGUGUGCCACAUCUGUCUGCAACCCCUGCUCAGACCUAUGGACACCCCUUGUGGACACACCUAUUGCUUUCAUUGCCUGAGUAACUUCUUGAAAGAGCAGGACUUCUGCCCUGUGGACCGCCAGCGGCUGCAGUUACACCAAUGCCGUCCCUCCAGCCUGCUGGUCAGGAACCUGCUGGACAAACUGACUGUGAUGUGUCCUCACUCUGCUGAGUGCCAGCAGCAGAUGCAGCGCUGUGAACUGCAGCCUCACCUGCACAACAGAUGUCCUGUUUUUAAAAGAUUGAGGGAGGAAGCAGAGAAGAGGAAGAGGCCCUCGUGGAAUGAGUUAAAGGGACGUAAGGGGGAUGGAGACUUGUCCGGUGAUGCUAAACAGUCUGCAACACUGCCCCGACUUUCCAGCAGAGAUCAGCCUGAGCCUGGCCUCAUUAACCCUGCCUACGAAGAAAGUGAGGAUGACAACACCCCGCUGCGGUCCAGUCUGGUGGCCGAGGCCAACGUGGUGGAGCUGUUCAGGGAGGAGCCUGAGGAGGAGCUGGGCCUUCGCAUCGUGGGAGGGAAAGACACACCGCUGGGAAAUAUAGUCAUCCAGGAGAUUGUCCGGGACUCGAUAGCAGCUCGUGAUGGCAGACUGGCCCCAGGGGACCAUAUCUUAGAGGUGAAUGAUGUCAGUUUGGCGUCCGUCCCUCAUGCUCGGGCGAUCUCAGUGCUGCAGCAGCCAUCCCUACUCAGACUUACCGUUAUGCAGGAGAAAGGUUUCAAAACGAGGGACCCACGCACCGAUCAUCAUCCUUCCUCCUCCUCCUCUGCUUCCACUGCCUCCCAGCUCUCCCACAGUCCCCAUGGCAAUGCUACGUCCAGCACGGUCCUGCAGGUCACGCUAAUGAAAAGUCAGCGCACCGAGCCGCUCGGCAUUAAACUCAUCCGCAAAUCAGACGAGAGUGGAGUUUUCAUCCUGGAUCUGCUCUCCGGCGGUUUAGCAGCAAAAGAUGGAAAACUGAGGAACAACGACAAAGUCUUGGCCAUUAAUGGGCAUGACCUGAGGCAUGGCACACCUGAGAGCGCCGCCCAAAUCAUUCAGGCCAGUGAGGUGCGGGUCAACUUUGUCGUGAUGAGACCUGCCGAUUGUCCAGAAGAAGGAGGAAGUAGCAGAGAGGGACAACACAGCAGAGGAGCCAGGAGGAUGCCUGAGCCCCAGUACUUCAGGAGACGAUCCACCUACAUGAAGGAUCCUCCAGGUGGGUUUUCCAGCCAUGAGAAAACCGUGAGCCUGAAGAAGGAGCCUCGACUCUCAUUGGGAAUCACCAUUGCCGGAGGACGGGACUGUCGCAGCCGCCUGCCGGUCUACAUCACCAGUGUGCAGCCCGUUGGAUGUCUGCACCGAGAUGGCACCAUCAAAAGAGGGGACGUUCUGCUGAGUAUCAACGGCGUCGAUCUGACACAGUUGACCUACAACGAGGCGGUGUCUGCGCUCAAGGCUCAGACGGCUCAGUCGCAGGUCGUGCUCCGUGUCAUUCAGACACUGUCGGAGGAGUCAGAGGAGGACGCUGACGCCUCCAGUAAGGAUGAACUGGACCCUGUGGACGACCUGCGAGAAGACAUGCUCAACUGGACUCCUCUGUGGACUCGCUGGCUGGGUUUGCCGAGUCACAUGCACUGGUGUCGAGACAUUGUCCUCCAAAAGACCAACAAUGAGAGCUGGGGCUUCAGCAUCGUCGGAGGCUACGAGGAGAGUCACGGCCAACAGCCUUUCUUCAUCAAAACCAUCGUGCCUGGUACACCUGCUCACUUCGACGGACGCCUCAAGUGCGGUGAUGAGAUAGUGGCCGUGAACGGAGCCACUACAGUAGGAAUGAACAAUUCAUCUCUCAUCCCGAUGCUUAAGCUGCAGAAGAAUAAAGUCACGCUGACUGUGGUGUCCUGGCCAGGGAGUCUGGUAUAGACACUUAGACACCAUCAUUCACUGUCCCUUUCCUUCUGCAUUCUACCCUUGUGCAUCUUCUUGUUAGUUCAGACUUGUUAAGCUCUUUGUAAUAAGAAUAUGUGCUAAAGAACCACCUUGUGCACAAUUAAAGUGAAUUUCACAGUGAACAUGUUGGGUUUAAUCAGGUUGAAAACAUUAUGACAAUCAGUGAAUUACAUUUUAAUGGCAAACUGAGGAGAUUCUUAUUUUUGAACAUAUUUAAUCCUUAUGUAUGUUUUCUUAGCUGUUGAUUAUUGUUCUCAUUUCUUAGUCAUGACCUGAUUCAUGUGAUUCACAUCAACAGCCUCCAAAGAUGAAAAUGUAAUGCAUAUAAUAUAGAUAGUCGUAAUGAAGAGGUAUAGAUGAGCACCGACUCACUACAGCGAUGCCAAAGUCUGAUCCGUCAUCCUGUCCUCUACCUGCAGUUUCACUCAUGAAUAUUAUAAGCUCUGUUUAUAGCACACUUUUCUGCAGCAACAUGCUUUACAGAAACUAAUCGGCAUUAAAUGGACAGCUACAGUCAGUGUAUUUUAUAAGGAGAUAGAUUUUAUUGAGGACUGUGUGUGAAAGCCUUGGAAAAGACCUGAAGUCACCUCUGGUCUGUGCAGUUUCAUGGACUGGAAGGUUCAUAAGGGCUUAAAGAGUCUGAAACUUCACAGAAUUUUCCCGUCCGAGCCUUUAAAAUGAAGUCAGCAAAAACAAUACAGUACACACUUUGAAAGCUGUUUCAGUAAGAACUGUGUUAAUUCAAUGUUUAUUUCCUGUUGCAGCAAAACACUGUAACAGGAAAUCUAUUUUAAUAUAUUUGCCGUUUCAAAUUAUGAACUGUGGCCUCUUCAAUAAAGCGGUUUUACCAGAUUAACCAGGAUGUUUUGGUUUAUUUGGUUCCAUAAAGGAAAUUCGGCUACAGUGUGACGUACAAGUACAGCAGGAAAUGACUUUAACAAGUAAACAAAGACAUAAUAAACCUGGUUAAUUUGGUAAAGUCACGUGGCCUGUGGAAGCAGAUGUGCCUGUGAUAAAUGUGUCAUUAACAACUUUGGAUUUAUUUGACAUACAUUCAUUUUCACAUAAUUUACUGGCUCAUACUGAAUUGUUCCAAUAAGCAGGUGCCUUGUAACUCUGAAGGACAAACUAGAAUGUAAACUUGCCUUAAAUUACGCCCGUACCAAAACGUUGUAUUGUUCUCAUUAUUUCAGCUCAUUGUGUCCUGUUUGUGUGAAGUUCAAGGUGAGCCGCUUUGCUGAAAUCAUUUAUUUUACCUUCAAUUAUCGAAACAGUCCCAGUGGCCUUUUCUUGUACCUUUACUGAUACAAGACUGUAUUUGAGAAGUUCAGAGUAUUGUUUCAGAAUUUGCUUAAGCCAGAGUGGAUGUGAAAUAUUAGUGGCGUGUGCAUUGGCUGUUUCACCACGUUCAAUAAAGUAAUCCAAAAAACUUUAUCACGGAGUGUUCUUUU